UUUCUCUCUGCUCUUGUUUCGUCUCCUCGGGUCUGUCUCAUUCUCGUCUCGCUGUUGAUCCGUCUCUAAAUGAUCGCAGACGCACAUCAGAUGUUGAGGAUUCAUGUAUCUGGAGGCUGGAGCUGAACACGAUGUCAUUUAGAUGUAAAUAGGUUACCCCGGUGGGUGGACAGAGACGACACGGAAAGCUAGCUUACCCGACCAUCCUGGAGCUUUAGAUAUUGUUCUGAUAAACAAAUCAUCAUGGAUCUGUCGUUUAUGGCCGCGCAGAUCCCCGUGAUGACAGGAGUCUUCAUGGACUCUUCGCCUCACGAUGACUACAGCACGGAUCACUCUCUCUUCAACUCCUCUGCUAGCGUCCACGCCGCCGCUCUGGCAGCUCACAACCAACAGGAGGAGCAGCAGCCCAUGUCCCGGGACGCCAUCUGGCUGUGGAUCGCCAUCACCGCCACCAUCGGGAACAUCAUAGUGGUGGGCGUCGUCUACGCCUUCACGUUCUGACCUCUGGAACGAAACCAGCUGAACUUUGGAGACAUAUUCGGCUUUGAGGGCCCCUCGUCAGACGAACAGUGUCUGAAAAAAAAAAAAAAUCUACACUUUUUUUUGUUGUUUAUUUGUUUGGUUCCAGAAAUGAUUUUUGAUUCAUUGUCAGUUUCAUGUUGAAAACUUUUUAACUAGAUUGUUUAUAGCUAAACAAGUGUAACGUGAGGGAAAAUGGCAUAUUUCAUUAUUAUAAUAAUUUAUUUUUUUCUCUGAAUGACUAAUACUGCCAGACUUCUGCCAAAUAAUUUGUACGUUUUUGCUUUUAGUAUGUGAUGACAAAUGUUGUUAUUAAGCUUUAAAUGUCUAGAGGGCAAACACUACUCUCUGAAAGUCAUCCAGCAACCUUUUUAAAGCAGCGAUUAGAAAGUUGAAAUGAAUCCCAAACCCAUUUUGGAAAGGUAACCAUAAAAUAAUGUAAAUACAGGAAGUGCCCAGAACAGGAAAUUAAACUUUAUUAUUAUUAUUAUUAAAGAAUUUUAACCUUGGUCAGAAUCAGAGAUGACAAGCGAUGAAAGCACUUAUUCAUGGGGCAUUUAUACUCAUUGUUUGAUUUAUUUAUUUAUUUGUUGUUGUUGUUUGUUUUUGUUUAUUUUUGUCUUUUUAUUUCACCCGAGCAUAUGACCAUUCGGAGACAAUCUCUUCUCUUAAUUCUUUGCAUGGUAAAACCACCACUUUAGUUGAGGAAAAGGUUCUGUUUAACAUUUAAGAAAUACACCUCACAAUCAUUUUAAUUAAAACCUGCACACCAGUGAAUGGUUUUAUACCAAUAAAUCAUUGCUUUCCCUUAGUUGAGGGUGACAGGUCCAGCUUGUAUUUAGAAGAGGUCAAAGCCUUGCUUUUAAUGAGCUCAGCAUAAAAGGUGGGGUUGCUAUGGCGACUGUCUCAUGCUGUCUGGGAGAAAGUGGCUACGACUUCCCACAUCACACACCUGCAAACAUCUUUACUGCCUGCUGGCACACAGCAACUGUCCAAACAAACACACGUAUGAAGAGAUGUGUGUCUUCACUUCUUCUUUUCAAUUUUCUUUAUUUGGAGUGUUUCAAAGCCUUAAUACACCAAUGAAACAUAUGACUAGACCAAUAGUUUUACUUAAAAUAAACCAAUUAAAUUAACCACUCCAGGUUUGCUUAUGCAGGUUAGUGCUGGUCUGGCAAGGUAACCAACAUGAUCUUUCUAAAGAAACUAGAUGACAAGGUUAAUCCAAGUUCUCCCAAAAAUUAAAUUUGGCUGAAAAUCUAAUACUCCUCAGGCCAUCCAAAAUGUAGAUGAGUUUAUUAAUUCAUCAGAACAGAUUUUAGAAAUUUACAUCACAUCACAUGCUUACCAGUGGAUCCUCUGUGGUGAAUGGGUGCCGUCAGAAUGAGAGUUCAAACAGCAGAUAAAAACAUCACAAUUAUCCACAUCAGUCCAGUGCAUCAACUAACAUCUUGUUUCUGAGAAACAAAUUAAUAAUUAUAAUAUUUUCAUCUUCAAAAUGUUGCUUCCAGCUAAAAUUUGGUUCCUAAUGUUGCUUUCUCCAGGAAAAUCAUCUCGUCUGAAUCAGGAGAGUAAUAUGCACAGCUCAAGAAAGCAAAAAAAUAAAUUAAUUGAAACCGUUCCAAACAAAUGUGUUUAAGCAAUGUAUCCAUUACUUUGGACUUAUGACUUGAUGAUGAUGUUGUUAUCAGCAGUUUGAACUCUCAUUCUGACGGCACCCAUUCACUGCUGAGGAUCCAUUGGUGAGCAAGUGAUGUAGUGCUAAAUUUCUCUAAAAUUCAAACUGGCGUCCCUUCAUAUGAUAAUGCUGGUCUUUUCAGUAGUGAACAGCAGAAACACCUUUUAUUUUAUUAUUUUAAGAACUAAAUCAGUUCUGUUUUAAUUCUUAUCAUGAAACUGUCAAAUGUUUUACAAGACUUCUAUAAGUCAACAGGUGUCCUUUAAGGUGUUUGACCAACUAAAAACAAGAAGGUCUAGAAGUUAAUUAAUUUUGUAAUUUUUUUUAAUUUUACAAACCAAUUCUUUUCAGUGCAAAACAUGAAGGACAAUUACUAAUUGAAUCGAUAUUGACCAGAAAGUUUUCAGACUGUGACGGUCACUCUGUUGAUCUGAUCAGUGGACUUCGGACCUUAAUUAGGCUGACUGGUAUAAUGAACCAGUUUUAGCUAUGGUUCUGUGGGAUGAAAUGCACUGGGACCAAGCCGAGAUGAUCAUCAAUCAUCUUCUCUGCAGUGGAUUGCACUAGGAAAUGGAGUUGAAUAUAUGCUGAACUGGAAAAUGGCCUUCACUUUAUCAUUGACUAUGAUUUAUGGACUGGGAGGUCUCAUGUCGGUAUGUAAAAAAUACUUAUCAGAUAAACGCUUAACUGCCACUAUGAAGUUUGAUGAAGAGCUGAUUGUUAAUUUUGGUUUAUAAUACACUCUAAUUAGAAAUACUAUUGAAAUGUCUUUCAAAGUCUCUUUUCGAUUAAGUAAAUAAGCUGCAUUUUGCUGGUACCAUUGCAGUUCCUAAUAGAGGAACAUCUGUUAUUUAGACUAGCUCAAAUCACAAUCUUCAAACCACAGUAAACCUUCAUUUAGAAGUGUGCUGUGAAGUAACAAACUAUUUUCUGCUCAGCAAACAAUGUUGAUAUUAAGAUUCUUAGUCAAAGUGCUGUCUGUUGUUGUUGAGAGGUCUUUAUAGAGGCCUAAACUCUAUUGUAGAAAAUGAACACUGGUGUGUUCAGCUCAAUUCUGCUUCACUUGCACUGCAACCUGUUUCUUUUUGUAUUGAAAAACUACUGUUGAAUUAAACGACUCGUUGAACACCA